AUGUCGUCGACCUUCAAGCCGCCGGAGAAGAUGCGAGCCGUCGUGCUCAAGGGCGACUACCACGUACGUACCCAUCCCCCUCUACCACUCCUCCCAACACCCAUACUGAUCCGGAUCCGGACGAGUAGGUGGAAGUCGAAGAUCGCCCGUACCCGAAGCUCCAGAAAGACACCGACGCCGUCCUCAAAGUCUCCUCCACCGCCCUCUGCGGCUCCGACCUGCACUUCUACCGAGGCCACCUGAAAUGCCCACCCAACUUCAUCUGCGGGCACGAGUUUGUGGGCGAGAUUGUGGAAAAGGGCAGUGCGGUGAAGAAGUUCCACCUCGGCGACAAGGUACACACCCCCAAGAGCAAGUCACCACAUACCAAUCAGGCCUGACACGACAUCCAGGUCGUCGUCCCCUUCUACACCGCCUGCGGAGAAUGCUACUACUGCGUCCGCGGCCAGGCCUCGCGCUGCGCCAAAGGCGAACUCUUCGGCAACUCCGCCCCAGCCAACACCAUCGACGGCGGCCAGGCGGAAUACGUCCGCUGCCCGCUCGCCGACUCCACCUUCGUCCACACCCCCAACGGCAUCCCCGAGGAGAUGCUCGUCCUCAUGGCCGACAUCUUCCCCACCGGCUACUUCGCCGCCGCACGCUUCCUCAAAGACUUGCCCGCGCGAGAUCGCAAAGAAUAUACCGUAGUCUGUGUCGGAUGUGGACCGGUGGGCAUAUGUGCCAUUACGUGUGCGCUGACCAUGGUGGAUACCGUGUAUGCGAUUGAUUCGGUGCCGGAGAGGUUGGAGCAAGCCAAGGCCCUGGGUGCUAUCCCAAUACAUCUCAACGAUGAUCCUGUGGCCAAGAUCAAACAGGCGACAGACGGUCGUGGCGCCGACGUCGUCAUUGAGGGCGUAGGCCACGCAGACGCAUGGAAUAUGGCCUUUGACAUGAUUCGUCCCUGGGGAGCAAUCUCCUCCAUUGGCGUGCAGUACGUCUCCUCCCUUCACCUUCUCCCGCACAGUCACACCUUCUCCCUCACAGCCACUGCCCUCCACCCUCUCCCUCACAAUCACUGCCCCCACCUCCUCCCUCACAAUCACUGAUCCGCUGCUUCCAGCACCGAAAAGUGGGAAGUCAACGGCCUCCUCCUAUACGGCAAAAACGUCACCAUGUCCUUCGGUCGCUGUCCCGUACGUUCCAUCUUCGAGCCCGCCCUGGCUCUGCUCGUGCAAGAGCAGAAGAAAGUCGCCUUUCUGUGCGGCAAGACCAUGCCGCUGGAGGAAGCGCCGCAGGCCUACAGGGAUUUCGAACAGCGCAAGGCGCAUAAGAUUGUUUUUAAAAUGGGCGAUCGCGGGAGUGUGGAGGAGAAGGAGAUUCAGGCUGCGGCUUGA